GCUUCCUCAGAAGACAGCUCCUCGUGUUUUGAUACCUCCCGCAGAGUCGGACAAGAAGCAGUAUCACGUACAUUUUUCUCUAUCCGUUCCUCCAGCCUUUUUUCGAGAUUGGCUCCAGUCGAACUUCUCCACCUACGCGGAUUUAUUUCGGGUUCAGCCUUUUUUCUCGAUAACAAUUCCGUAUUCGAUUUUGGACCCGAAUUGACUCGAAAAUGUCGAACGAGGACCAUAAAAGGGAUGAGAUGAUCGUCAAUUUUCAAAGUUGCACUGGCAUAGAAGACAUUGCUGAAGCAGUACGAUUACUAGAAGAAGCAUCCUGGAAUAUAGAAGUUGCAUUGAAGAGGUUUUUACCCGAAGAAGAAGGACAUAAUUUUCACUCGUCAAUAACUAAUUGCCAGAAUUCUAAAUUGAGAAAUGGUAUUCCACUCCCUAUUAUAGAAAGAUUUGGCGAAUUUCCAUCUACAUCUGAUCCAGCACAAAGGCUACACCUGAUAGAAGUCUUUAUCCACUAUAACGGAAAUGAGAUGGUUGACUUUAGAGUUCCAGAUAGCACCAAACUAGCUGACCUGAAAGAAAUAGUCUUCUCCGAAACAGGAUUUAGCCCAAGUUUACAAAUCCUUAGCGGUUGGGCUGCAGAACCUGACAAUGACAGUAUGACAUUAGCAGAUUUAGGUUCACCAGCCAAAUUACACCUUUUUAUGAUUGCAAAACCAGAACCUUCAACUGCUUACAACAUAGUCCAUAUUGAGGAUGAUGAUGAGGAAUUCAUCGCGCAAGAAUCUAUGCCUACUGAUACUCAAACUGCAGAAGCAGAUAUUACCAUAUAUGCAAGGCGCUUGAAAAUUUUCGAUGAAAUAAGCAACAAAAGUUACCUCUUGAUAUUAGAUCUUGAUACGCCAGUUGGCACCGUAAAGGCGUACACAACAUACAUAACUGAUAUACCUCUUGCCAAUCAGGUCUGGACAGGUUGGCCUGCCCGUCCAAAUAUUGAUGAUGAUACUUGGAUUGGUAUACUUCCUCUUUCCCUGCCUUGGCACCAUUUGAAAGUGAGAAGUAGCAAUGAAACUCCCAAUAUAGCACCGUCAACAUGUAUUGAUCUGACCGGCGAUACCGACAGUUCACCUGAAGACUUUGAAGACGCUUCGGAAAGCUUCAACGCUGAAGAUGAAAUUUACAUUGAUGACACCAUCACACCAAGGACUGAGCCUUUAAUUCCUGAUAAUGUUGAAGAUGAAACAGCCGGUUCAGUCCAUUUUAUUGACGGUUUUACUCUAAGGUAUGGCCAAACGUCUCCCAACUUUUUACCAGGAUCUUUGGAAGAUGCUAUUAAAGAAUCCUGUAUGAAACCGGCUAAAGAGAGAAGAAUGUUGGCUAUAUACUUGCAUCAUGAUGGCAGUGUAUUGUCAAACGUUUUUUGCACGGAACUUCUCUGUUCUGAAACUGUCCUACAAACUUUUGGUAAUUGCUUCCUACUUUGGGGCUGGGAUUUAACCAAUGAAGCCAAUAAAAAUAUGUUUUUGGCCUCUGCGAUGAAAAAUCUUGGUGCCACAGUAGCAGAAACUGUAAGAAAUAUGAAUACCGAGCAGUUACCAGCACUAUUAAUAGUUACCAGGAGCCGAUCCAAUACUGAGCUUUUCAAUGUUAUUUAUGGUAACAUUGGUCUAAAUGAUUUUUAUGCUACUUUGAUUCAUGCCGUUGAUAUGUACUCUGAGUUACAAGAGAACGAAAUUAAAGAAGAAGAGGAAAGGGCAGUACGACAACAAAUAAAGACUGAACAGGACCAUGCCUUUCAACAGUCCUUACUUAUGGAUAGAGCGAAAGAUGAAGCCAAAAAACAGAAACUUAUGCUUGAAAGCCAAGAAGAAAUGCGUAAAAAGCAGGAAAAGGAGGCUGAGGAAAGGAUGAGAAUUGAAGAAAAGAAUGCUGUUUUAGCUAUUUUACCACCUGAGCCUGAAGAAGAUGCUACAGAUGUUGUCAAAAUCAAGUUUCGAAGGCCAACCGGAGAUACUUUCGCUAGAAGAUUUUUAUCUCAUGAUAAACUUGAGACUGUGUUUAAUUUCCUCCUUGUAGAAGGAUUCCGAAUCAAGGAAUACAAAGUCUUGACAAGUUGGCCAAGGAGAGAUAUUUCCUCUUUCACUGGAUCGACCACAUUAAAAGAUUUAAAUCUUCAUUCGCAAGAAACUCUAAUCAUAGAAGAACGAUAAACUGGGAAAAUAAGGAACUUUUACAUUAUAAAUUCUCCUAAAAUCAGUGCUCGAAUCGGAUGGGUUUAUCCCAUGAUGACAUACUCGCAUUUAUUUUUGGAGCAUUUCUCUCUUUUAAUUUUGUUUUGGGGCAGGUCCAUUUCAUUUGAGUUCAAUAAAUGCACCUAAAUAUGGAUAUGUUGUGGAUCUAUUAUCAAUCCAUAAAACAAAAUAAAUUUUUACAAUAUUAUUUAUUAUUUUGUUUAAUUAGUACAAUUUUUAAGUACUCUAAAUUGUUUCUUUUACUUGUUAUUAUUUACAUACAAAAUAUAUGAAAAGUUUAUUAAAGUACAGGAGGAAUAUAUUGAAUUACAGUUAAAUUUUUGUUUUGUUUGUUUUCUUUCCAAUUCGAGCACUGUAAAUAGCAGGCUGUGUAAAUCUUAACUUUUGUAAAUGGAUUUAUGUUUAUAAUUUUUAGUUUUGUUUAUACCAUUUUUUUAGUAUAGUUAAGAUAAAAUUAAUGUUUCUGAAAUGUACACCAUGCGAUUUAAGAGCAUGUCUUUUAUACCUUGAAUUUUAAAAUAAACUCUUGUGUCUAAUAAAUAAAAUAAUGUCCCAUUCUUUCAAGAUUUUAGUCUGAGAUAAAUUGUUCACUUAAAAUUCAGUGAUAACUCAAAUAUAAAUGUUAAAAGCAGUUAUUGUUAAUCUAUGUUUCCAAUUCGUAGAUUUGAUGUAAAUAUUUAAAUCUUACAUAAAUAUAGUCAUCUUUUUUUAUUUAUACA